AUGGAGCCUAUAUCCCCCAGGACCCGGGUGCCAGACGACUGGAUUCAUCCUGCGUUGAAGAAGCAGUUGACGGACCGUGGUCAUCUGGGCAGUACACCCAAGGAAUGCAUUGAAUUACUAGAGAGGCAACACAUCAACAUGAAGGGUGCGGCGGUUCGCAGGCAGAAGUUGCUCGAGGAAAAGAUAAGACAACUGGAGGAGAUUGAUCGACACCGCGAGAACAUGGCAGAGGAGAUUAAAGAGGGGGAAAAACAAGUGAUGAACCUGCGUUACGUCCACGACUGUCUCGGGGAACAGCUAAUUGUGCAGAAAACCAUAGGGAAACAGGAUUUUUUGGGCUUCUCAGGCGUAGAUGAUCUUCAGGCUUUUUCCUGCGCUCUUGGUGUUAGUGGCAUCAACACAUGGGGACGAGUGAUGUCAUGUUUUGCGACAGAUGAUGAAACUAGACACCGUUUUUUUACCAGGUACGCACCCCUCUUUACAACCAUGGGGGAUGAACCGAUGACAGCUAGGCGAGUGACAGAGCCUGUGUUUUUUGAUGAGAUGUGCUUGGUGGAGACGGAGGGGCGGCGUUGCAUCAACCCUGCGUGCCCCUACUGGCACAGAAAUCAGCUGGAACACGUGAAACUUGGCUGUAUGGAACUCUUCACACGUGCCGCGAUAUGCAUUAAAGGGCACAGCAGUAUAUGCGACACAGCCUCCGUGUUUGCGAAUUUUUAUGCGUCAGUCGAGGCAACAACAGACCUUGUGGACGCUGUAAGGCUGCACCGAGAUCUUCUUAACUGCAUUGCAGACUUCGGAUGGGCUGCAGCGCUCUUGGGGGAAGAACCGUCCUCCACGUGGGGUGCACCGCUUUUGCCGCCGCCAAACAUGCCGUUGCAGCAUGUGGCGUCGCUACUACGUGAUUCAAAGGAACACACUUUAUGGAGACAUAUUCUUGAGGCAAAAUCGGACCCUGUUGUCGCAGCAACAACACUCUUUAGGCAGCAUGCCGAUUCGCUUUCAUGGCGUUGUCUCAUGCGCGUUGCAGGGACGACAACAGAUCGUCUGCUUUGGUUGGCAACGCGUGGGGUUGCCUUGUUUCCUACCUCACCUUUUAUCCGGCUCAGUUAUAUUUCCGUACUGCUAAAGUCUGGCUGUGUGGUCUCGGAUUGUGUGGAAGUUUGCCUCUCUUCAGCGCAGCUGCUCUCUGAUCAGGCGGCAAUUGCUACGUAUUCUCAUCAAGACACACAAUGGUGCGAGGUGACAGCUCGAUACAUUGCAUAUAUGAUUGCCAUGACAUGCGUUCAUGUAGCAGAUGCUGACCCCGAGGCGGCGGCAGGUCUUCUUAAAGCCGUGGUGGAAUUGCCGGGUCGUAUUUGUCUCUUACCGCUUGCACUGCAGAAUUUAACUUUGUUUUUGGUUGUUCUUCGACAGACAAAGCGAUUGGAAGGGGUGAAGGUUCUCCCAUUGGCCUCCAUUUCUGAUGUUGCAUUUACACUUGGCGAGUGUUUUCCCCAGAGUUCCCAGGAGGAGUGUGGCCGGCUGCUCUCGCGGCAGUUGAGUCUACUUAACUUAUGUGCCUCUGAGGGCAUUGAUACGGCGUUGACAGAAUAUAUGCGAUCUCAUAUGCAUCUUUCACUCAUACAUGCGUUUUCCGCCGACACUCAGCUAGUUCACAAGAUUCUUUUCAUGUCGCCUGUGCACUCAGCGCUUGGGCUAGCAGAGAUCUGGGUUGAGUACCUUCGCUUUGUGGGACAACGUGAUGGGGCACUGCCUCUUAUCUCGUUGGUACACAACUUAUUAACGUCUUGCCACUCUCCGCUGCUGGUGGUGCGCCUUGUGCGAUUCCUCCAGUUUUAUGAUGAGAGUGUGGAAACAAUCAUAGAUAUCUUCCUUGAGAAAUUUGCGACGCAUCGUGGUAUUUCAUUAGAAAAUGUUCCUCAACUGGCAAUGGCGCAUCCACCAGGUAUUCCUGCUGAGGAGUGGAUCCCGUUUAUUAUAUUGUAUUCUCUUCGCCUGCGCCUGCCGGAGCGGUUGGAGUUGUUGCUGGGUGUACCUCUUGAUUUGUACUGCGAGAUGGUAGAGUUGGUCGUACUCUUGUGGCUGGAGACACUUCAGGUGGCACUGCUGCUACGUGAUGAUAACGUCUUUCGCCACUGUACGAGACAAGGCCUGCUGCUACUCCGUGAGCCCUUUCUUCACCAAUUCAGCGCCGUCGACUGGGGUUUUGACGACAUGGUUUCAUAUGCCCAUCUGGCGACUCUCAUGGUGUACAGGGCCGUUCCCCUAUUUCUUGGCACGGCACACGAGCUCACUGCGCACUACCGUGGGAUUGUGCUGGAGGUAGGCGGGGAGCUGCAUGUGGUACAUCCUUUUCUGCUCUCGGCGGAGUAG